UGGCGUUCAUUCCAAUCAUCAGCAGACUGCUCCAUCUUCUCACUCAGUAAGCAGCAAGUCUCACGAAGGCAGCAUUAUGGGGUUUAUUAAAGUUACAAUGGAACUGGUCUUAUUAUGUGCAAUCCUGGGAGUUAUUCCUUCCAUGGUCAACGCCGGGCUUAUGGGUGAAGCCAUGGAAUUGCAGAAACGAAGUGGAAGUUAUUCGUACGCUCAGAGUUACACUACAACGACAACUGCUGCUCCAGUUUAUUACACCGAAGCCCCGAAGUACUACACCACUACAACUGCUGUUCCAGUUUACUACACCGAGGCACCAAAGUACUACGCUGAGCCAACUUACUAUACCACUACUACUGCUGCUCCAGUUUACUACACCGAGGCACCAAAGUACUACGCUGAGCCGACUUACUAUACCACCACAACUGCUGCUCCAGUUUACUACACCGAGGCCCCGAAGUAUUACGCUGAGCCGACUUACUACACCACUACUACUGCUGCCCCAGUUUACUACACCGAGGCCCCGAAGUAUUACGCUGAGCAAACUUACUACACCACUACUACUGCUGCUCCAGUUUACUACACCGAGGCACCAAAGUACUACGCUGAGCCAACUUACUACACCACUACUACUGCUUCUCCAGUUUACUACAGCGAGAAACCAAAGUACUACACUGAGCCGACUUACUACACCACUACUACUGCUGCCCCAGUUUACUACACCGAAGCCCCGAAGUACUACGCUGAGCCGACUUACUACACCACCACAACUGCUGCUCCAGUUUACUACAGCAAGAAACCAAAGUACUACACUGAGCCGGCUUACUACACCACUACUACUGCUGCCCCAGAUUACUACACCGAAGCCCCGAAGUACUACACUGAGCCGACUUACUACACCACCACAACUGCUGCUCCUGUUUACUACACCGAGGAUGAUGUAACUGGAAACAGAUUAGAGAAAGAAUUGGAUGUAAAGGAUGACUGGCGAACUUAG